GUCUUAUCAUUUCUGAGGUAAAUCUAAGAUGGCGGCCGUGGGCGCUCCGGCCGGGGUAGCCGGUGGCUCCGGCGCCGCCGCCGCGGCCUCUUCCUCCGCAACGGCGACGACGACGGCGCCUCCGCCCCCGCCCGCCUCUUCCUCCUCGGUGUCCGCGACCACGGCUCCGUCAUCGUCGUCCGCGGCGGCGCCUCAGCCUCCGUCGGGCGGGCCGCCCGGCGGGGCUGAGGCGGCGGCGGCGGGAGGAGGAGGAGGCGGAGACGGCAAUGGUGGCGGCUCGUCGUCGUCCUCGGCCUCCUCUUCCGCGGCCGGAGGCCCUCCGUCGUCGUCGUCUCCCGCGGCCGCGGCGGCCUCUUCGUCGUCGGGCGGCUCCUCGGAGUCGUGGUACGUGGCGCUGCUGGGCCUGGCCGAGCACUUCCGCACCUCCAGCCCGCCCAAGGUGCGCCUCUGCGUGCACUGCCUGCAGGCCGUGCUGCCCAGGAAGCCGCCGGCGCGCGUCGAGGCCCGGACCCACCUGCAGCUCGGCUCCGUCCUGUACCACCACACGCGGAACGGCGAGCAGGCGCGCAGCCACCUCGAGAAGGCGGUGAGGGAAGGCCGGACACACACGGGCAUGUAUGGGUGGCGGGUGGCGUUUGUGUGCAGGCGUGGUAGAUACACAGUUAGAGAGAGAGCACGAGCUUGUAUUUCCCGUGUGUGUGUGUGUGUGUAUAUAUAUAUAUAGAGAGAGAGAGGGAGAGAGAAAGAAGGGCUGUGCGUGCACAUUCGGGUGUAUGUUUGUGUGCCUGUGUGGGAUGCCAUGUAUUGUGUGCAGAUGCAUACACAUACAUGCGUGCGUGCACUGUAUGUCCAGAUACAGAUAGAUGCACUGUAUUUAUGUUGCACGUGGAUUUACAGGUGCUGUGUGUAGUGUUUGUGUGUAUGCAUGUUAUACAUAUAGAGAGAGAGAGUUAAUAUAUGGUGUGUGCAUAUAUAUAUAUAGAGAGAGAGAGAGAGAUAUUUUAGCUUUAAUUCCAUUGGAAAGACACAGAUUAGAAUAAAAGCAGCACAGGGCCAGCCCUUUCAUUAAAAGCAGCCAUUUCCCAAAAGCCUGUUGGAACAGGAAGGUCUUCAGCAACAAGAAGGGCUGAAGGACAGCAAAGGAGGGAGCCAGCUUGGCUUCUCUAGGAAGGGAGCAGUGAAUGAGAAGGCUGUCACACACAGAGAGAGAGAGAGGGAGAGAGAGAGAUACGUUUUGCCUGUGCAGGUGUAUACAUGUAAUAAUAAUAAUAGUAAAUGUUAUUUAUACCCCGCCCUCUCCGGCCAGAGCUGGGCUCAGGGCGGCUAACACCUGUAAAAUUUCAAUAAAAACAUAAUGGGGUGAAAAAACAAUUUAAAAUACAGGUUAAAAUGCAAUUUAAAAUGCAGCCUCAUUUUAAAGGUAGCCCAUAGAUCAAAACCGUAAGGGGAGGGAAACAUAAGGGUCAGACUGAGUCCAAACCAAAGGCCAGGCGGAACAGCUCUGUCUUGCAGGCCCUGUGGAAAGACAUCAAGUCCCGCAGGGCCCUAGUCUCUUGUGCCAGAGUGUUCCACCAAGUCGGGGCCAGUGCUGAAAAGGCCCUGGCCCUAGUUGAGACCAAUCUAAUCACCUUGCAACUUGGGACCUCCAGAGUGUUGUCAUUUAUGGACCUUAAGGUCCUCCGCAGGGCAUGCCAGGAGAGGCGGUCCCAUAGGUACGUGGGUCCAAGGCCGCAUAGGGCUUUAAAGGUCAAAAGAAGCACCUUAAACCUGACCCUGUACUCCACCGGGAGCCAGUGCAGUUGGUAAAGCACUGGAUGAAUGUGAUCCUGCGGCAAGGACCCCGUAAGGAGCCUCGCUGCGGCAUUCUGCACCCGCUGGAGUUUCUGGGUCAGCUUCAAGGGCAGCCCCGCGUAGAGCGAGUUGCAACAAUCAAGCCUGGAGAGAGAGAGAGAGAAUGAUUUGCCCAUGUGUGUGUAUUGCAUUUGUGGGGGACGGUGUAUAUAUACACAUAUACACAGAUACUAUAUAUUUUGCUUGUGUGUGACAGAGACAGUGCAUAUAUGCGUUCAUAUAUUACAGAGAGAAUGUUGAAUGUGACGUGCGUGCACAAGUGUGUGUAUGCAUGCAUGUGUAAUGUGGAGGGGUGUUACAUAUUAAUGUCGUGUGUGUCUCUGUUGUGUGUUGCAUGUCCAGGAAGGGGACGCAGAGUAUUUUUACAUCUGUGCAUGUAUAUAUCUUGUGUGUGUGUGUGUUUGGGGAUGGAUGUCAAGUAUUUAAAUUAGGUGCAUGUUAUGUGUGUGGAUGUGAUAGUGGAUGUUAUAGAGCAGGCAUCCCCAACCUUCGGCCCUCCAGAUGUUUUGAACUGCAAUUCCCGUCAUCCCUGACCACUGGUCCUGUUAGCUAGGGAUCAUGGGAGUUGUAGGCCAAAAUAUCUGUAGGGCUGCAGGUUGGGGAUGCCUGUUAUAGAGUUUGCUAGGUGUAGAUAUAUCGGGGUGGGGGGAGUGUGCCAUCAGCAUAUGUUGCAGUUAUAAAAAAAUUACUAUUCUGUUUCCCAAGGUGGAGAACAACAAAAAAGUUCUUCAGCUACUGUCUCUGAUAGAAUAACAAUCCCCUGCCCUCAUUGGGCUGUAUUUUUUGCCCUCAUAAUUUUUUGUUUCGUUUUUAAAAAACAUAUUUUUACUUUUUCAAACUUCAUGGUUUCCCAGAGCAUGUUGAUACCCACCCCCAUCUCUCUGUCGUUGGCCUUUUUUGGCUAUGGUCCUGUUGGCAUCCUCAUCCCCAGUUCAGUGUUAAACAGGAAGGGCAGGAAGAAAGCUUGAACUCCUUGUAUUAUUACAAUGGUGUAGGAAUUUCUUGACAGCUGCCCAAAAUUCUCCCAUUUUGUUAAAAUGUUACAUGCAUACAUACAGGAAAGGGUUUGAGCUACAUAAUUUCCCCUGCUGUGCAUAUAUAUAGCAGUGCCUAUGUGGAACAGUGAGAAGGAGAGACCUUGAGGUUGCGGUGUGUUAGAGAAUAAGCAGAAGGUUGAAAGGGCCUCUAUUGCUUGUUGUGUUUGGUUUAAAUGUGUUUGGUGGUGUGAGCUGCCUCAGUUAAUAGAAGGGAGAGCAAAGAGGAGAACACCCUUGAAAGGAACAACAGAGCAGGAGGAAGCAACUCAGUAGGAGUGUAGAAAACUGCAGUGAGUCAGUCAACAUUGGUCAACCUAGCUCAGUACUGUCUACACUGAUUGGCAGCUGCUCUGGGGUUUCAGGCAAGAAGUCUUUUCUCAGCCUUGUUGGAGAUGUCAUUGGGGAUUGAACCUGGGACCUUCUGCAUGCAAAGCAAGGGCUCUAUGGCUGAGCUGGAGCCCUUUAGGAGGAGGAGGAGGAGGAGUUUGGAUUUGAUAUCCCACUUUAUCACUACUAAGGAGUCUCAAAGCGGCUAACAUUCUCCUUUCCCUUCCUCCCCCACAACAAACACUCUGUGAGGUGAGUGGGGCUGAGAGACUUCAAAGAAGUGUGACUGGCCCAAGGUCACCCAGCAGCUGCAUGUGGAGGAGUGGAGACGUGAACCCGGUUCACCAGACUACGAGUCUACUGCCCUUAACCACUACACCUACACUGGAUAAAGUAGGUGCGGGGGCAUCCCAAGAAUGAACUGAGACCAUCAGCAAGUGUGUGGGGAGAAUGAAAGUGGACUGUGGACUUUUUCAAGGGGCACGGUUGUGUCGGCAUCUUGAGAACAGAAAAGAAAGAAAGUGAAAGGUGGACACCCAAAAAGGGUGCUCUGUUCAUCUUUUAUUUCCAGUGGGAAGCCCCAUAGCUCAGUGGUUAGAGCACCUGCUUUGCAUUCAGGAGGUCCCCUGUUCAAUUCCUGGCAUCUCCAAAUAGGACAGAGAGAGACUCUGUUCUGAAUCUCUGGAAAGAAGUAUUGCUACCAGUGCGAGGGACAAGGCAGCUCAGUAGUGACAACUCCAAGCUGUCUCAAAGUCUUCCCCAUCCAUUUAUGUCAAGAGCUUCAUUUUUGUUGAUUCCAGGAAUACCUCAUUUCUCUCUGUUUCUCUUACAGUGGCUGAUAUCACAGCAAGUAUCCUUUUUUCUGGUCUCAUGGAAAUGGGGGUUGUGCUGCUUGGAGGGGAAAACACAACUACGUGUCAACAGAGCGUUUAACAAGCCCCAUUGAUUCUAUGCUUUGGUUUUGUUAAUAUAAAUUUUGAGAAGCAACUGUGCUCCCUAUUUUUUGGAUACCCCUUAAAACAAUUGCUCCAUCAUUUUUUUUUACUAUAUUAGCUUAACUUGGAUGCUGUCAGAUUCCGCAAUUUGAGGAUGUCAAAUUCGAAGCUGCCAGUCUGCUGUCGGAGCUGUAUUGUCAGGAGGUAAGUGGAGAAAGAAUGUAUUUCCCACUCAGUUCUUUAAAUCCCAAAGUUCAGUGGGGUCAGCAGCCAGAGAAGACUUAGAAAGGUGGUUUACAAAAUAGAGCUGAGCUGAGACAGUGCUGCUUGUGGGCUUCCCAUGAGGUCAUCUCGUUGGACACUGAGAUCAGAGUGCUGAACUAGAUGGGCCUUUGGCCUGAUGUGGCAGCCAGGCUCUUGCAGUUUUAUUGCUUGCUGAUACAUGGGAUUGCAUGUUGGAGUGUGUAUCUGUGGAGGCAGGCAAGAGACAGAGCGCUUGGUUGAUCCUGAGCGCCUGGCAGAGUGCAAGAGGAGGGAUGACAGACACUCCCUCCAUGCUCAGAUUGGGCUACUCAGAAUGGGAUAGAGCACUUUCUCAACAUUCCUGGGGAUCAUCAGCUCUUGACUCUUUUCACACACUAAUACCUAAUCCUGUAUAAUUCUGCCAGUUAUGUAUUAUCUGUGCAAUCAAAAUGAAUUUCAGGAACCAAAAUGCUUUUUAUGUGCAGUCUCAGCAGGAGUGGUGAACGUUAUAGUUAAUUGUUGUCGCUUGUCUUCACUUACCCCACUACCAUUCUCACAGUUGUGAAGAAUAGCCCUACAUUACAAAUGGUCCAUGUCACCAUUAAGAAAAAGAGGUAGGAAUAGGCCAAUAGAUAUAUGGACUGGAUCAAGUAACUUUUCUUCUGUAAGUUCUCAAAGUUCUUAACCUGCCUCAACUUGUCAUCUGCACUAGCCAGAUGUUUAACUGAGAGUCAAUCACAGUCAGUCCAUCAUUUGAAAAAUAAGACUUUAGAGCUGUCUUUCCCCCAAAAUGGCAACUAGACAUUCUGGUUUGGCGGCUGCAACCUUGGUUUAAGGAGCCAUUUGGCACCUGGAUUCUAUAUCUGAAUUUCUAAUACAGUCGUACCUUGGUUCCCAAAUGCCUUGGUUUCUGAACUUUGGAAGUCGAACAGACUUCUGGAAUGGAUUCCAUUAGGCUUCCAAGGUACAUCUGUACUGGCUGAAGUUCUUAGCUCAGUCUGACAUCAUCUUGUUGAUUCUCCUAUUUUGGGUUAGAACUUUGGGUCCCUCCCUUUAUAUCCAUAUUUUUGUUGAUUUGAUUUGUUUUGUUUCAGAACUCUGUCGACACUGCAAAACCCCUGCUUCGUAAAGCCAUCCAGAUUUCACAGCAGACUCCAUACUGGCACUGCCGCCUCCUCUUCCAGCUGGCGGUAUGCUUAUUUUAAGCCAAGGGUGGUGAGCCAUUUUCAGCCGGAGGACUGUGUUUCCUUCUGUGUGACCUUAUGUGGGGCUGUGUGUUAGUGGUGGGUGGGGCCAGAGACAAAAGUGGGCAGAUCAAUUUACUUACUCAAAGAAUUGUAGAGUUGGAAGGGAUCACGAGGGUCAUCUAGCCCAACCCCCUGCAAUGCAGGAAUCUUUUGCACAAGGUGGGGCUUGAACCCACAACCCUGAGAUUAAGAAUCUCAUGCUCUGCUGACUGAUUUGUUUUCAUUGAUUAAACUCACUACUCAAAGGGUUUCCCAGUGGCUUACAUUGAGUGUGUGUGUGUGUAUGUGUAUGUAUACGCAUAAUUGCAUUGUAUAACGUAUACGAUAUAACACAUUUAUAUUUCAUACAACAUGUUGGGGAAACAAAUGAAAAACCACCAGCCCCCCCCCCAACAGUAAUAGAAAACUCAAUACUGACACUGUCAGCUUCUGCAGUUAGCUGUAGGAUCAGAUUUGAAAGGAAGAAGUAGCUAACUUUCAAAAUGUAACUGUGUGUGUAUUUCUUUCUCCACUUAGCAACUUCACACACUUGAAAAAGAUUUGGUGUCUGCUUGUGACCUCCUGGGGGUUGGAGCAGAAUACGCCCGUGUGGUAGGGUCGGAAUAUACAAGGUGAGUCCUUUCUUAUGGGGCAACUUUUUCCACCAAAGUUGAUGGGGCCAGGGGGGUUAUUAGGGGUACUCUGGGGGCUCAUUCAACCUUCCAAGAGAGAGGGGGCUGCUUGGUUGUCACAGGCUCAUGAUGGGGGCCUUCUCAGUGGUGGUUCCCUGCUUGUGGAAUGCCCUCUCUCUCUCAUUAUCAGCUUUCAGGAGGAAUUGAAAACUAUUCCUGUUCACCCAGGCAUAAGAGAAUAGAAUUGUUUUAAGAUGCUUGCUUGUAAUUGUGUUUAGAUGUUUUAAAUACAUUAAGCUCAUUGCAGUGGAAAGGCAUGGUAUAAAAACUUUAAUUGAAAGUUCUUAGCUUCCUUGCACUUCUGGUGGUCUUGCCUGUAUUUUAGAAUCUUCAAUUUGUUAUUUUUUUCCCCUUUCAGAGCCCUGUUUCUGCUAAGCAAAGGCAUGGUAAGUUGUGUGUGCUUGGAGAAACCGGUUUAAAUAGUUCUAGAUUUGCUAGAUCACAAACCUGCAGAUGGGCAGUUCAGUUGUGGCCUACAAAUAGAAGGCUGCAUUAAGCCACACAUCACCCUAAACAUAUCUUUAAUACAGAAGUGGGCGGCCUGUGGUCCCCCCCCCCGAUGUCUCCAACAACUAUUCCGGCCAAUGGUCAGGGGCGAUGAUGGGAGUUGUAGUUCAGCAACAUCUGGAGGACAGCAGGUUCCCUAUCCCCAACCUUAGAAGUUGUAUUCUCUACUGAGAGUAGGGAAUGCUUCUCCUUGGAUCAAGGGCAGGGAAGUCUCCGGCCCUCUGGAUCUUGGACUCCAGCAUCCACUUGCAUGGCCGGUGGUCACAUGCUGCUAGUUCAGCAGAUCUGGAGGGCCACAGAUGUUCCCCCAUCUCUCAUCUAGUUCUUGCUGCUUGCUUGACCCCUUGAAUUAAGAUAAAAAUACAGAACUAAAUGGGGUGCAGUCCAGCAGGCUCUGCUUAUAUUCUUACCACACAGCCUUGAAACCCAAAUGGGAUGCUGUGAGGAUGUUUUAAAACAAAUAAUGUUGGUUGUAUACAGCAUCUGCUCUACAGAGUAGUACAGUGGUACCUCGGGUUACAUACGCUUCAGGUUACAUACGCUUCAGGUUACAGACUCUGCUAACCCAGAAAUAGUACCUCGGGUUAAGAACUUUGCUUCCGGAUGAGAGCAGAAAUUGUGCUUGGGCGGUGCAGCGGCAGCAGGAGGCCCCAUUAGCUUACGUGGUGCUUCAGGUUAAGAACAGUUUCAGGUUAAGAAUGGACCUCCGGAACGAAUUAAGUACUUAACCCGAGGUACCACUGUACUAUUAUUUUAUUCAUUCAUUCAGUUUAUAUCCUGCCCUUCAUCAGAAGCCCGUAGGGUGGUGUACAACAUUAAAAACACAUUACAGAAUAUCAGUGAUAAAAAUAUAAAAAGUCAACUGACGAACAGCCUAAUAAUGAAAUAGUCAUCAUAAUAACAGUCCUCUCCCCCACACUUUCUCAUUCACACAGUGAAAUUGAAAUCAGUGAACGUGAUUAAUUUGGGUCCAUUAAUUUUCAGUGGUUUUAUUCUGAGUAGGGCUGAUGUUUGAUAUCACUCUGUACUUUUUAAAUCAAAAGGUCACGAGUUCUAGUAAAUGUUCCCAUGAAAAAUAACGAUAUUUGGAAAUGCAAGUUUUGACAAAGCGCAACAUCUCAAGUUAAUUUUAAGACUUUAUUAAGAGUGUUAGCUGUUAUGAGAAAGGAAAGGGAGGAAUUUACGCCUUAUGGGAUACGAACACAUACAACCUCUUGUGAUGACAAUUGCUAAACACUGGAGGACUUUAAGUGUUGACUUGAAAGUGGAGUGGACGGCUGCAGUAUGUCACCUGGCACUAAUGGAAAAGCUAACUCACAAAUGCCAGAUGACUUGAACAAACCAUAUGCACAUUUUAUGCCAGUAAAACCAAUAUAUUGGUUUUUGGUGGGGAUGUCCACCGUUCUGGGAGCAGGUGGGGUGGGGCGGGUUAGAGCUUUUCCUUUUAAUUACCUGGAGCAAAACAAUAGAAACAUUUUUUAAAAAAACAAACCAAAAAACUUGGGUGACAUCCAGUACUGCAUGAAUGAAUUUAUCCUUCUUGUUUGCCCUGCAGCCCUCUCAAAUGUUUCUCCGGAGAGUCCCUCAGCCCUCCGGACCAGAUUUAGAAUUCUAAAGUAGUCACAUGACAGGCAAGGUUUACUUUGAUCUUCUGAUUGCAGCCAUUUUAUUUCCUUUUUUGCCUCUUCUCUCCUUUUUUCAUAAUCGUCAGCUGCUCCUUAUGGAGAGGAAGUUACAAGAGGUGCAUCCACUGCUUACGUUGUGCGGACAGAUAGUGGAGAACUGGCAGGGGAACCCCAUCCAGAAGGAGUCUCUGCGAGUCUUCUUCUUGGUGCUGCAAGUGACACAUUACCUGGAUGCUGGUCAGGUGAGUGGAAGGCACUACAGACGCCUGGUAGUUUUCCCCUCCCCCAUCCUUGCAUCCUGCAGUGGUUAGAAGCAAGAAGCUUGUAGUGGCAAGCUUAGCUAUGUCUUCUUGGUCUUUUUGAAUUCACUUGGGCUUACUCCCAGAUAAGUGAGGUUAGGAUUGGAGCCUUUGGGUUGUAUUCAAGCAAAUAUUAUUGGGACUAGUCCAGUGUUUCCCAAACUUGGGUCUCAAGCUGUUAUUGGAGUAUAACUCCCAUCAUCCCUGGCUAGCAAGAGCAGUGGUUAGGGAUGAUGGGAAUUGCAGUCCGAAAACAGCUCGAGACCCAAGUUUGGGAAACACUCGACCCAUUGAAAUGAAUAGGCCUCGGUUAAGUCAUCUCCAAUCAUUUCAGUGGCUUGUAUCCAACUAAGGCACACUUUCGCCACUUUCGCACUGUACAUUUGAAGCACUGUGACAGCACUUUAGCAGUCAUGGCUCCCCCCCCCCCCCCGAAUAAUGGGAGCUGUAGUUUGUUGAAGGUGCUGGGAGUUGUUUGGAGGCCCCCAUUCUUCUUCGAGAGCUAUGACUGCCAGAGUGGUUUAAUAAUCAUUCCCUCUUCCCAGGGUACUCUCCUUUUUUAAAAAAAACCCUAUUGAUUGAUUUUUCACCCACAAUAAAAGCCUUACAAAUUUUAACAUAGACUAUAACCCAUCUUCCCCCUACAUGGUUUCCAUAUUUACCCUUGAAUGCUGUCUGUUUCAUACACGCUAUUCAAUACAUACAGUUUAACCUAUUUAUUUUAAUAAUUAAUGCUGUUGCUCAUAUUUCAUCUCCCUUUAGUAGUUUUUUUUUAAUACUCAGUAACAGGUCUCCAUUCAUCAAGGAUUUUUUUAUUUUUAUUUUUUUUGUAAUUUUGGUCUCUAAUCUUUGCUGUUAAUCUUGCCUGUUCUGCAUACUCCCAUCAUUUUCAAAAGCCAUUCUUCCUUUGUUGGAAUCUCUCCUCCUUUUCAUUUUUGGGUGUACGGUUUGUGCUGUUGUCGUUAUAUACUUAAAUAAGUUAACCAACUCUUUUGGUACUUCAUUAUCUGUAAUUCCGAAAAGAAAAGCUUCGAGUUUCUUGGGAUUCCCAGGGUACUCUCCUAACAACUUAGAAAUCUGCUUGACAAUUGGACUGCAUCCAGGUUGCAGCCUGGACCCACACCAGCAGUGCCAUGACAGCUGGGGGGAGAGAAGGAAGGCAGCUGGGAGAGGAACAGAGGGGAAGCCCUCCCCCCCGCCCCCUCAUUCAAUGGGAUUAAUAAUCAUUGUAUACUGCCCCUCAUCCGUAGAUCUCAGGGCGCUUCACAACAUUAAAAUCAGCAGGUGGUAGCUUUUCUCUUUGCUGAGGCGACCCCUUCCUUUCCCCAGGUGAAGAGUGUCAAGCCUUGCCUGAAGCAGCUCCAGCAGUGCAUCCAGACCAUCUCCACCCUCCAUGACGACGAGAUCCUGCCCAGCAACCCUGCUGACCUCUUCCACUGGCUACCCAAGGAGCACAUGUGUGUGCUGGUCUACCUGGUGAGCUGCUCAAUGCACUUGUGAACCCAAGAUUGGGGCUGCGUCCUAGGAAGCUAUACCAGUGUUGCACUACUAUUCUGACCAGGUCACGGGCUGCAUGGCCCAUGGUAGGGGAGGUCAAAGGCUUGGGUUAUAUCCAGUGUUAGUCCUACUCAGAGUAGAUCUACUGGAAACUUAGGUCCAUUUAAUUUAAGUGGGUGUAACAGUGUAGAACUUACAUUGAUACAAUGCAAUGCAUGUGACUCAUACCAGACACACACUAAGGCUGGGUGAUAUAUCACUAUAUCCUCCAAAACUGUUUUGAAGUCCAUAUCAUGAUAACAGGUUCAUAAUUUUUGACCUGGCAAUGUAUCGCAAAUCAUGAUAUAUGUAUGUGCGUGCUAUGCAAAAAUCACGAUGUGGGGAAAACCGUGAAGCCAGCCAAUGUUUUGCUCGAUUCCUUCAGCUCCUGUUAACUGCCAGCUCAGCUCUCCCCUGCAGGAAUUACAAGUUUUUGGGCAGCUCAUGAAAAAUUCUCUUUUAUAGCCCUUGGUGGGAAAGUGGGUCAAGUUAUCUGUGCUGUGAGGGAUGAGUUUGACAACUCACAGUGGCAUACAUCGUUCAUCGUUCUUCCCGCCCCCCACCCCCAAUCUCAUUUAACCCUCACAGCAACCCUGUGAGGUAGGCUAGGCCAAGAGGCAGUGACUGCUCCGAAUGUCAUCCGGUGAGCUUCAUGGCUGAGUGAGGAUUUGAACUCUGGUCUCCCAGGUCCCAAUCCAACACUUGUAACCAUUACACCACACUGGCUCUUUUGUUUUCUUGCAGAAUGAUGGCAAAAGGCUUCUGCUUGUCUGUUCCCACAGGUGACAGUAAUGCACUCAAUGCAGGCCGGAUACUUGGAGAAGGCACAGAAGUACACGGACAAGGCGCUUAUGCAGCUGGAGAAACUCAAAAGUGAGCAGCAGGAAUUAUUUUCUUCCCUGCCAUGUCUUUGUUCUUUUGAGAUUCCGUGCUUGGAAUGCUCACCAUGUGCAUGUUAAAUCUCUGCCAGAGGGUGUCCUUCUCCCCCACCCCCACUAUGCACUUCCACUUUAUCACUGCCACCUUUUUUGUGGAGGGUUGUCAAUCCCCUUUUGUAAGGCCAGUCAUACCCCCAUCUCCAACCCACUACCAGCAAAUACCAUUUACCGUAUUUUUCUGUGUAUAAGACGACCCCUAUUUUUUUAACCCAAAAUUAAGUUGUUUAGCAUUUGGGGGGGGGGUGACUUCCACCAAUCGCUCACCCACCUGCCCGCCACCGCCAAUUGCUUGCCACAGUCACUGCCGAUUGCACACCUCGCUGCAGCUGCCAGUUGUCUGCCCACUUGCCGCCACCAACAGCCCACCCACCCACUUGCCACAGCCGCCAAUCGCCUGCCCAAUUGCCGCAGCCACAGCCAGUUGCCAGCAGCCACCAAUCACCCGCCCAAUCACUGCUGCCAAUCUCCUGCUUGCUGCUGCCAUUAAUCGCACGUCCCCCCUCUGCAUUCACUAUCUGUGUAUAAGACGACACUCAAUUUUUGCCUAAGUUUUUUUAGCAAAAAGCAUCUUCUUAUACACAGAAAAAUAUAGUAUCCUUUUGUUACACUGCAACGUCAACCAAGAUCUAUUUGUAAGCAUAUGUGAAUGUGCCCCGAGUUUUCUUUAUUCCCCUCUGGGACUUCAGAAAUGCAAGGACCCCUCGCCUCACUGCUUCUGGCAUAUCCCUUUUUGGUCUGCUCAAUCACGCCCUCCCCAUUGGAAAGGAGGCUGGGGCCAGAAGGUGGCUUUGCCAGCCCAAAGAAGUGCCCAUAGAAUAUCAAGAUUGCUGAGCAGCUCUUUCCACUUGCCCCUGGAGAGGCUGUCACAGCUGCUUUUGCCCUCCUUUCCACCCACACUAAAGGCGCCACCAUUUCUUUUUCACUUCCAGUGCUGGACUGCAGCCCCAUCUUGUCUUCCUUCCAAGUGAUUUUGUUGGAACACAUCAUCAUGUGCCGCCUCGUGACGGGUCACAAAGCCACAGCCCUGCAGGAGGUAGAGCCCAGUUUCUGUAUUCCAGGGGUUCCUGCUUUAUAUUCUUUAUUGGAAAAUAAAAAGUACAAAAUUAACAAGUGUGCAGUAGGGUUAUAAAAACGAUUUCCUAUAUCAUAAAGGGAUGAACUUUUUCUUAGAAACACUGAAAAAGGGACUAAUUCUUCUCAGUUGCGACAAAAGGUCACCCCAAAAUGAAGAGUUGAAAUCACCGUAUAUGUAACGUUACUACUCAUAAGUAUCAGCACUCUUAAAAACUUUAUGGAACUGUUUGGAAUUUUCACAUCUGUAAAAGAACUUUGAAAAGCAUCAGAAAAGCACUGGAAGCAGGAGACAUCCAUGCUUCAGAUACCAAAAAGUAAUACGUGUGCAGAACGCGCAAUCCAAGUGAUGCAGGAAUGUUAUGGUGCUUGUGGUAGAAACAAAGACAAAGUACAACCACGAUUUAUUCUAAGCAAUAAUAAGUGAUUCACAGUGUACAAAACAUUGUACAAAUAUUAGAAAAUUUGCAAACUCAAUUUUUCCUAUAUACAUGCUAGUCAUAUUACAUAAUGCAUUAUACAGUUACAUAUACAAAAAUUGAUUUAUUGAUAUUGGGGUGACCUUUUUUCAAAAGAUUUGGAAAUGACAGUUCAUUCCUUUGUUUUUAGGCAAAAGUUCAUCUAACUAAGCUACAGGAACAUCAGGUUGUAAAAAAGUUAUAAGCCUAGUGUGCAGAGUAAGGUAAGACACGAAAAAGAAGAAACAAGAAAUAGUACCCAUAUAGAAAACAAAAAAAAAGAAAAGAAAAAAGAUAUUGUGAAAUUAGGGUAUUAUUGUAGUUAACCAGACCUUAAUCUAAUAUGGUAUUUAUAAAAAUGAAUUCCAGGGAUUCCUUUUUCACAUCCUUUGAGGGCAGAGGAGCAGGCAAAGCCCCGCUGUGCUUGCUGAAGGCGCAGCAGCGCUGAGAAGCUCUUAGUGCAGCCUGGAGUUGGUAGGAGUUGCAGUCCAGAACAGCUGAUAGCAGUUACAGCUCAUUAGAUUCUUGCAUUGCAGGGGGUUGGACUAGAUGACCAUCGGAUCCCUUCCAGCUCUACAAUUCUGUGAUCAGGAGGGGGGCUGUGGUUUGGCAAAGGCUGCCUUAGCACAGAGGUGGGCAGCCCAAGGGCCACAUUCUCUGCUGGAUAACCUUCCAGGGGCCACAUGGUGGGUGGGGCCUGAGGCAAAAGUGGGUGGGACAACAGGUAAACAUUUUAGCUUUGUAGAGCAGGCUAGUUUCUAUACACACACUUCUCUGUCCUUGGUCCGGUCAAUCAAGAGGCAUCAUUGGAGUGCAAGGAAACAAUCCCAGCAAUGCAAGAACCCUUAAGGGGCCGGAGGUCAGAGAGGGGUGGCUGGUCUGGGGGAAAGCCCCAAGGCUCCCCCACCUUGAGGAGAGAGGGGUGGUCUACUGCAGCAGCAGCAGCAGCAGUACUGCAGACAUUACUUAGCUGGGGCUGGUGAAAGAUGGUGGAGGAAUGGCAGGCAGAGGGCGGGAGGUGACCCUCGUGGGGCUUUGUGGGAGAAAGAUCCGUCAGUGUGGGAAAGAAACCCACAGCACUAACUUAAAUGCCACCUCUCCCUCCCAUUUGCCUCGUCUUCCAAAAGAUCUCCCAGGUUUGCCAGCUCUGCCAGCAGUCUCCUCGGCUCUUUUCAAACCACGCAGCUCAGCUCCACACUCUGCUGGUAAGUAUAUCAGCCUGAGUUUGAGGGGGGUGUACUCUUCACUGUGAUUCCCUUCCAGCUCUACAAUGCACAGAGGAUUUCUUUUUUUAAAAAAAAAAGCCCAACAGACACUGUCUUUCUUCCUCUUAAGCCAUGUAAUUGGGGCAGGGGCGGGUGGGGGGUAAACCUCCUUCAACUGAAUCCAGUUAAAAUUUAUUUGUUGUUACAUUUUAUUGUUUUAAACAACUUACAUUGAUUUAUUUGCAGUAUUUAUAAACUGCUUUCCAGGCAGACUGUAUAAAGCAGUUUGCCUAAGAUUAUUGCAGCGAUAAGCAUUGAAUUUUUAAAAGCUGCAAGAGAAUAGAAAAGACAAACUGUUAGUUCAGAAAAAGCUGCUCCUGCUUCUUUGCCCCUUCCAGUUUCUCUGAAAGUAAACUUGGGGUGGUGGUGUCCCUGCUCUAUUCCUUUGUAAUGAGGAGAGGGGAUUGGUUUAUUUCUAUUUUCUACCAAGUUUCAUGCCAAAAGGGUUUUAUACCCACUGCUGCUGCUAUGCUCUCUCCCACCCCACCCCUCUCUCUAGAGGCCAGAGUUGUUGAACCUUGGAAUGGUAAUUUCUCUUUUUCCCUCGCAGGGGCUGUACUGCAUUUCCGUAAACUGCAUGGACAACGCGGAAGCUCAGUUCACCACAGCACUCAGGGUAAGGCUGGAUUCAGUGUCUCAACACAGAGCUGGAAGUUGGCUUCCUGUGUCCAGGCAUUCUCCUUCAAACACAGUUCCUUAACAAAAGUGGGAAAUCCUGCCUUCUGUGAGUUGGGUUGUUGUUGUUUUCAGUCAUGCUCUGACUUUGCCUUACUUCCUCUUCCUCUUCCCCACACCCACAGCUCACCACCCACCAGGAAUUGUGGGCUUUCAUUGUGACUAACCUGGCGAGCGUCUACAUCAGGGAGGGGAACCGGCAUCAAGAGGUAGGACGAUUCCCUUGGCUUCAGUCCUGGACUUGCCUUUCAGAGCACUGGCUGGGAACAUCUAUGGAAUCCCAACACCUUCAUCCUACCAGUGUGGCUAAUGGUCAGGAUUGAUUAUGGUUUCUGGGAGUCCAGCAACAUCCGAGAAAGCCACAGAUGUACCCCUUUGCUGUUUUUAAUGUGUAUUGCUGAACAUUAAACAUCCUUCCUCCUUUUCUCCUCUCCUCUAGCUUUACAGUUUAUUGGAAAGAAUAAAUCCAGAUCACAACUUCCCUGUGAGGUAUGUGCGCCAGUUAUGCUUGGAAGCAAAUAGAUUUAUGGUUUAGUAGUGACCAGUGUUUGAAAUUCUCUAUCGGCCACUUGCAACCCAGUGAAGAUGCCUGGGCGCCAGGAUGGUGCCUGAUGUCUCCACCAUCUGGGGAUCAUUGGAUCUGGACUGUUUUCACACCCUAAUACCCUAUCCCAUAGAAUUCUAUCCAUUAUAUUUUAUCUGCACAAUAGAGAACAAAUUUCUGGAACCAAGAUGCUUUUAUUGUGCAGCCUGAGCAGAAGCAGUUACCAUUAAGAAAAAAGGUCCAAAUAGGCCAAUAGAUGUGUGGACUGUCCCUACAUCAGGUGGUUUUCUUCCUGAAGUUCUCAAAGCUCUUGCCCUAGCUCAAGAUUGUCCUCUGAACUAGCCAAAUGUUUAACUGAGAAUCAAUCACAAUCUGUCUGACCAUAAUUCAAUAUCCCUGGAAAUUAAGUGUGGAAUUCAGGGUAUGUAUCGAUAGAGAAUGAAUGAAUGAAUACUUAUUUGAAAAUGAAGAUGUAACUGAAAAGGCCAAAAACACUUUAAAAGACUUUUUUGAGUUAAACCUUAAUAAUGAGACAAAUAUUGAUAUGGUUUGGGAUGCUAGUAAGGCGGUGCUAAGAGGCUUUCUAAUCCAGCAAAAUAGUCAUAGAAAAAAAAUAAGAGAACAAAAGAAAGAUGGAAUCCUGACCCAAUUAAGAGAAUAUGAGAAAAAAUUAAUAACAAAUCCUAGUGAUGAUCAGAUUAAACAAACAUCCAAAUUGUUACAAUUACAAUACUCAACGCUAAUUAACCAAGAAGUUGAAUGGAGAAUUAAAUCAAUGAGGCAAAAAAAUUUCGAAUCCGCAAACAAAACGGGAAAAUUUUUAGCCUGGCAACUACGAAAAAGGAAAAAGCAAAAUGUGAUCAACAAGAUAAAAAUAGAAGAAAGGCUUGUGGAAGAGCCAAACGAAAUAAAGAAAAACUUCCUAAAUUUUUUUGAAAAAUUAAACAAAAAAGAAGAAGAAGAUAUAAUAGAAAUAGGAAAAUAUUUAGAAAAUAACAGAAUAACAUCCAUAACGGAGGAAGAGAAAACCCAAUUGAAUAAGUCCAUAACAAUAGAUGAAGUCCAGGAAGCAAUAAAGAAAAUGAAACUAGGGAAAGCUCCAGGCCCAGAUGGCUUGUCGGCCAAAUAUUAUAAAGUUAUUGGAGAACAGUUAGCCCCGGUGCUACGUGAUGUAAUGAAUAACAUCCUACAAGGAGGGAAGAUACCGGACUCCUGGAAAGAUGCCCACAUAACAUUGAUACCUAAAGCGGAGUCAGAUAAACGGGGGUAUAAAAAACUACAGACCGAUAUCGCUUCUUAACAAUGAUUAUAAAAUAUUUGCGGAAAUUAUGGCAAACAGAUUUAAGCAUUAUCUAAAAAAUGUAAUACACACGGGUCAAGCUGGAUUCCUUCCUAAUAGACAACUAAAAGAUAACGUUAGGCAUAUAAUAAAUAUCAUCGAAUACCUGGAAAGGAAGAAUGAAAUCCCUGCAGUAUUAAUUUUUAUCGAUGCAGAAAAAACAUUUGAUAAUGUUUCAUGGCAGUUCCUAUUAAAGUGUAUGGAGACAGCAGGGAUAGAAGGUGCCUUCAUGGAGGGAAUCAAAGCAAUUUAUUCUAGUCAAAGAGCCAAACUGAUUAUUAACAACAAUUUAACUGAUACAUUUGAGAUUUCCAAGGGUACGAGACAAGGCUGCCCCCUGUCACCGCUUCUUUUCAUAAUGGUAUUGGAAGUAAUUGCAAAUAAGAUAAGGAAAACACCAGAGAUACGAGGAAUUAGAAUUGGGGUGAAAGAAUUCAAACUGAAAGCAUACGCGGAUGACUUGGUAAUCUCACUGGAGGACCCAAAACAAAAGUAUGGACAAAGCCCUGGUACUUCUAGAGGAAUUUGGGAGAGUAGCGGGCUUUAAGCUAAAUAAAACUAAAACUAAAAUGAUGGUAAAGAACAUGGGGGAAGACCUAAGGAGGCAGUUGGAACUCCAAUCAGGAAUUAAAGAAGUAAAAAAGGUAAAAUACCUAGGAGUGUGGCUUACAAUGAAAAACAUAAAUUUAAUGGCUGAUAACUACAUAAAUACCUGGAAGGAUAUCCAAAAGGAACUAGACAUCUGGAACAGGAUAAAACUCUCCUGGUCAGGUAGAAUGGCAGCAAUCAAGAUGUGCAUAUUGCCGAAACUAUUAUUCCUAUUCCAAAACGUCCCGGUGAUUAGAGGAAGUGCAAUAUUCCAAAACUGGCAAAAAAUUCUCUCUAAAUUUAUAUGGCAAGGUAAAAGACCGAGAAUUAGAUUUAAAUUGUUAACGGAUAAAAAAGACGGGAGGAUUCUCGGUCCCAAAUCUGAGACUGUACUAUGAAGCCUCGUGCCUUUGCUGGCUUAGAGAAUGGAUUACUUUGAAAAAUACAGAUCUGCUAGACUUAGAAGGAUUUGACUUAAGAUUUGGUUGGCAUGCUUAUCUCUGGCAGAAUAAGGAAAAGGUGCAUAAAAGCUUCUCGAACCAUAUUAUCAGAGGAACAUUGUUAGAAACAUGGGAAAAGAACAAGAAACUGUUGGGGGGAAAAAACCCCUGGUGGUUAUCGCCUAUAGAUAUGUUAACUAUUAAAAAAACAAAUAUAGAAGGUGAGAGAUGGACCUAUGAAGACCUCCUAGAAAGAUCAGAAAGAGGAUGGAAAAUUAAAAAGUAAAUUAUCAGGUUGGCUGCAGUACCAUCAAAUUAAUGCCUUAUGGAAGGAAGAUAAAAAGAUCAGAAUGAACGGAAAAAAAUCCAAGUUCCAGGUAGAAAUAAUAGAAGGUAAAACCAAACUGCUAUCUAAAAUGUACAAUCAGCUACAGUGGUGCCCCGCAAGACGAAUGCCUCGCAAGACGAAAAACUCGCUAGACGAGAGGGUUUUUCGUUUUUUGAGCUGCUUCGCAAGACGAUUUUCCCUAUGGGCUUGCUUCGCAAGAUGGAGACGUCUUGCGAGUUUGUUUCCUUUUUCUUAACACCGUUAAUACAGUUGCGACUUGACUUCAAGGAGCAACUCAUAGAACGCGGUGUGGUAGCCUUUUUUGAGGUUUUUAAAGACUUUGGUGAUUUUUGAAGCUUUUCCAAAACUUUUCCGACACUGCUUCGCAAGACGAAAAAAAUCGCAAGACGACAAAACUCGCGGAACGAAUUAAUUUCGUCUUGCGAGGCACCACUGUAUUAGAAUGGGACACCAAGGAUGAGGAGGUUAAGGAUGUCAUGACAAAAUGGGCAAUAGACCUCGGAUACAAUUUGGAUUUUAACAAAUGGAAUCCAAGUUCCAGGUAGAAAUAAUAGAAGGUAAAACCAAACUGCUAUCUAAAAUGUACAAUCAGCUAUUAGAAUGGGACACCAAGGAUGAGGAGGUUAAGGAUGUCAUGACAAAAUGGGCAAUAGACCUCGGAUGAAAUUUACAGCUUGCACCACCCUCAGAGAAAAUAUGGAAAAGAUGAUGUCCGUUGGUACAUCACCCCUGUGAAACUGCAAAAAAUGUAUAAGACCGGAGAUAAUAGGUGUUGGAAGUGUAAAACCAAAGAAGGAAGUUUCUUCCACAUGUGGUGGAAGUGUGAAGAAAUCAAAAAAUUUUGGGAAUCAAUAUAUAAUGAACUGAAAAAAUACUUAAAUACACUUUCGUUAAAAACCCGAAGCUUUUCUUCUGGGAAUGAUCGGAGACGAGAUUAAAAAAGAGGAUCAUAUAAUGUUUCAACACGCAACCGUAGCUGCCAGGAUCUUGUUAGCAAAAAAUUGGAAAACCCCAAAUAUCCCGACUGUUAAAGAUUGGCAAAUUAAAUUAUUUGAAUAUAUGGAUUUGGCAGAAAUGACACAGAAUAUCAGACAGCAAAAAGGUACAAAGUUUAUUGACGAUUGGACUAAAUUUAUAACAUACAUGGAAUCAAAUUCUAGAUAUAUAAAAAUCACAGUAGGUUUAAUAUAAUCCUUGCGAUGUUUAGAUGACAUAAAAUGAAAACGGCAGAACAGAAUUACUACUUUACAUAACCCAAAACCGAGAUGGAGGGAAGUCAACUAUUAUUUGUGUUAACUGAUGUUUGUCUUCUGGUUUGUUUAUAUUUUCUGUUUUGGUUGAUGUUUUUCUUUUCUCUUUUCAUUGGUGUGUUUGGUUUAUUUUCCUUUUUCUUUUUUUUCUUGUUGUUUGGCUUAGAAAAUUAAUAAAAAGAAAUUAAAAAAAAAAGAGAGAAUCAAUCACAAUCAGUCCAUUAUUUGAAAAAUAAGACUUUAGAGCCAUCUUGCCCCAAAAUGGCAAAUAGACAUUCCGUUUUUAAUGAAAGCCUAUUAUUACGGCCAGCAUACAGCAUUCCAUCUUGGUGACUGCAACCUUGGUUUACAGAGCCAUUUGGCGACUAGCUUAUAUAUUUACGUUUCUAACACUAGUAGUGACCACCUGACACAAGCAAGUGCUUUUUAUUUUCAUUUCUAUUCCUUUUACUUCCUUUAUGCUCCACCUUUCCCUCCAUGUAGCUCAAGGUGGUAUAAACAGUUCUCCUACUUCUCAUUUAAUCCCCACAACAACCCUGUGAGGUAGGUUAACGCUGAGCAUAGGUGACUGGCCCCCAAGGCAACCCAGUGAGCUUCAUGGCCAAGUGGGGAUUGGAGCCCUUGGGUCUUCCCAUACUCUACCACCUGAUGCUGGCUCUAAUACCUUUGCAUACCCCUGAGGUGAGCGCUCUCUUUGCACACCAAAAUAAUUGCACGUCAAUAUCCUAGAAGUGCUGGCGCUUCCAUUGAGUCACACAGCGGCAGCUUUAAGUUUCCUCUGAUUGGCCAGUGGAAGCAAGGCAGGCACCAAUAGCAGCAGCAUUGGCUGUAGCGUAAAAACAAGCUCCACACACAUUGCCUGCUGUUGCAGGCUUUUGCUGCUCAGCUGAUCUGGAAGUCAUGGGGGCAUCUCUUUCUCAUGCUGUUCCCAGGAAGGUUCAGCUGGCACCUUCAUUAUACACCUUUAGGUGCCAGGCAAAAAUGUCCCUCUUUAACCAGAUCUUAUCCAAUGCCCUUUUAAAAUGUGUUGGGGAGGGGGGAUUAUUGGGUGGUUCUUGUUUUUGUUUUUAUUAUGUAUUUUUUGCCUUUAUGUUGUGAACCACCCUGAGACCUGCAGAUAUAGGGCAGUAUACAAAUUUUAGUAAUAAUAAUAUAAACACAGUUUCCAUGCCUUAAUCCACUUGCAUGGGUAGAUUCUGAAGAAGAAUAGCAAACAUACACUGAACCAGACCAUUGGUCCCUCUAGUUCAAAACUGUCUGCACUGACGGGCAGAGGCUCACCCAGCCCUGUGUUACCCAAGGUCUCCAGGGAUUGAACAUGGGACCUUUUGAAUGCAAGGCAGAAGUGGUCUGUGGAGGGGAAAGUUUGGGAACUAUUGGGCUUAGAGGUUUACAAAGCAGAGUCUGGAUUAUUUUUGCCUGUUGGCAGUGGUUGAUUAAAAUGCUGCAACUCCCAAGUACAACCUCUGCUUGUGCCUUCCCCAGUCUCUGCAUCAAGAGUUAAUUGCCAUCACUGCCCAUCAAUUGUCAUUAAUGCCCAUUUCUUUGUUGUCACAUCUGCCUCUCCUCCAGCUCCCACUGCCUGCGAGCCGCAGCCUUCUACAUCCGAGGUCUCUUUUCCUUUUUCCAAGGGAGGUACAACGAAGCCAAGUGAGUCGUGUGGGGUUGGUUGGCUGGCUGUUCGAGCUUAUGCAGAGGGAGGGAGAAAGCAAGUGAGGGCAGAGAGUGAGAAUGGGGGCUGCUUAGUUGGGUGUGCCUGUUUUUUGAUGGCACUUAGUGAAGACAAGUGGCAACCUGCCUCUCUGCACUGCAUCCUGUGCAGAGGUGGGUUAUUGGAAUGAAUGACAGUGGAGAUGGGAAACCCUCAUUGUUCUGACAAAGCUGGGGUGAUAGGCACAAGUAGGCAUCCUGUUCCUCUUUUUGGAGAGAUGGCUCUGUCCUCUUCCCCCUCCCAGCAAACUUGGAUUACUACUGUUACUAUUAUCAUUAUGUAAAGUGUUAUGUAUCCUGCUGUUCAGCCAAGGGCAGCUUGCAUAGAAUCAAAACAAGGCAAUCCCUGGUGCCCGUACAAUCUGCAAAAAACCCCACGACACACAAGGGAAAAGGGACAAGGAGAGAAGAAGAAGAUCAAAACAGGCAGCAAUUCCUAAUGAGUAGUUCCCUACACUGACCAGCUGGCAAAGGUCAUGGGCAGGAGGUGCCUGAUGGAGCUGGGCCCCCAGCAAAGAUGAUGGAGUCAGCCUUCUGCUUCCCCUCUCUCCCACUGAGGUAGCCAGUGAGUGUUCUGGUUUUCACACAUUCUUUUGGAAACCGAACGUCCGACAGGGUUUCCGCAGCUUCCGAUUGGCUGCAGGUGCUUCCUGCAGCCAAUCAGAAGCUGCGCUUUGGUUUCCAAACAUUUUGGGAAUGGAACAGAGUUCCAGAAUGGAUUCCGUUCAACUUCCAAGGUAUGACUGUAUCAGUGUCUGAUUUUAAAUUGUUGUGAGCUAUCUUGCGGACUUAGGAUAAAAGGCAGGUACAGUGGUACCUCAGGUUAAGUACUUAAUUCGUUCCGGAGGUCUGUACUUAACCUGAAACUGUUCGUAACCUGAAGCACCACUUUAGCUAAUGGGGCCUCCUGCUGCUGCCGCGCCGCUGGAGCCCGAUUUCUGUUCCUAUCCUGAAGCAAAGUUCUUAAGCUGAAGCACUAUUUCAGGGUUAGCGGAGUGUGUAACCCGAAGCGUAUGUAACCCAAGGUACCACUGUAAUACAUCCUCCUCAUUAUCAGCCAAAUUCCAAAGGUCUCCAGUCUCCUCAGUUACAGGCAAGAGACUGGCAGAAUGGCAACACCAUCAGCUUUGCUCCUUAACAGUCCCCUAGAAAUCCACAGAACAUUUUUUUUGGGGGGGAUACCCACCUUGCAGGGAGGGUGUUAGUGGGGGAUUCCAGCUUUUUAAGUGCCUCUGGUCACUGGACAAAAACCAGCAGGGCUUGUUGCAUUCCAGUUGUCGCUUCAGGCUCCUCCUUUUCUUUCCGACAGGCGUUUUCUGCGGGAGACGUUGAAAAUGUCAAACGCGGAAGACCUGAAUCGGUUAACAGCCUGCUCCCUCGUCCUCCUGGGUCACAUCUUCUAUGUGUUGGGGAAUCACAGGGUGAGCAGCACAGGCUCUCUAGAAUCGUGCUCUUGUCAGUGUUUCACUUCUCCUCUGUCACCAAAGGGGACUGGAGCGUGGAAUCAAUCCAGCUUAAGAAUGCCGCCGAGCAGUGCUCUCCAUUCCCCUGAGCUCGUCAGGCCUCUGCUUACAAAAUUGCCAAGAAAGCAGCGGUGCCUCGAGAGGAUAUUGGGCACAUUGUGACACUCGCAAUCAGUUGCCAACUUUUGUAAUGUGGUUUGCUUAUUUGUGUGGGGGUGGGGAGCUGCACAGAAUAGAUGUCCAAGGGUUUGCUGAGGAGAUUGGAACUGUAAAUCCCCCUCCCCCUGCCUCGCAUCCCCUUUAAACUGGUGGAGUCAUAGAAUAUAUGAAUCAUAGAAUAUAUGAUAGAGUUGGAAGGGACCCAAAGGCCAUCUAGGCCAACCCCCUGUAAUACAGGAAUCACAGCUAAAGCAUUCAACCUUCGUUUAAAAACUGCCAGUGAAGCAUAGUCCAUCACCUAAGGUAGUUCAUUCCACUGCUGAACAGCUAUUACCAUCUGGAAAGUUCUUCCUAAUGUUUAGCCAAAAUCUCGGGUCAUCCCCUCUGGAGCAGCAGAAAACAAGCUCAUCUUGUCUUCCAUGUUAUCAUAUCUUCUCAUUCUAAACACCCCCAACUCCCUCAACCGUUCCUCACAAGGCUUGGUUUCCAGGACCUUGAUCAUUUGGGUCGCUCUCCACACUGUUGGAGCGCAGACAGUAAUUUCCCCCACUGUACAUAAAUAAGUCCUAGUGUUUAGAACAGUUGCUUCCAAAGUGCUGCCUUUGGAGAACUCUGCUAGGCUGCCGCAAGAAGUGAAUUGAUGGGAUUAUUUAAGCCCUCGGUGAGGAGGAGGGAGCCUCCUGCAUCUCUGUGUAGAUUGGCUGCUCUGGAGUUGCUUCCGUUUAGAGCUGGAUAAUUCUGCCACAGCUUUACCUGAGGUGUGGGUUGGAAUACUUAUCCAGUCUAAGUGCAGCAACACACUCAGUGGAGCUCCUCAGAGGAGGCUGUGCACCGUGUCUCUGUAAGAACCUAUGAUCUGGAGGUGGAAUAGUGACUCGCACAGGAACGUGGUGGGUACCACUCAUUCUUACCCAUCCGUACAUCAAAAUCAAAACUUGGAAGGGUGCUUGAGCUAUCAGAAGUUUAGAAAAUACUGCUGUUUGGGGGUGGGGGAAGUCCAGUUUGCUCAAGCUGCCUUGCAGCUUUCCUGCAUAGCAGGAGGUUGGACUAGAUGAGCUCUUGGGUCUCUUCCUGCUCUACAGUACUGUGAUUCCAAACGGUGUUUGUGUGCUGCCACUGGGGUUGAGGCAUUCUGGAAUUCCAUUCUUGGGAGUCUUUUAAGAGGUGGCAGGCACAGCCCACUCCUGCGGUUUGGUGUGGGGCAUUUCAUGCAGAAAUUUGGAGGUGGGGGUGGAUUUGUCCACAUGUGAUUUGCUUACACCCUUUGAUCCAAGGCUCUGCUACCCCUAGGAGAGUAACAACAUGGUGGUUCCCGCCAUGCAGUUGGCAAGCAAGAUCCCAGACAUGUCCGUGCAGCUGUGGUCAUCGGCUCUCCUGCGAGGUAAGUGUCAGAGAAGGCGGGUGAGUGGCAGAGCAGCUGCUUGGCAUUCAGAAGGACCCCAGCUCAAUCGCUGAUGGCAUGUUUUGUUUCAAAAGGGGCAGUUAGCAGAUGGCGAGACCCUGGAGAGCACUGCAAUACUGCGCUAGAGAGACCAAGAGUCUGACUUGUUUUUUGUGUGCUGCCUUUAAACUUCCUGCCAAACUGUCCUUGAGGGUGAACUCUCUUCCUAGUUAUUGGAGGAGAGGUGGCUGGCGGGGGGAGAGACUUUCCCCAUUCCUCCAGGAGCCUGAUAAUCAACUUUGAUUGGAGAGGGGGAAAGUCUUCGCUUUUCAAUCACUGCAAAAUAAGGCCUCUUAAAGAAAGAAAGAGGGCAAAGGGUUAAUAUGCAGGUAUUUUUUUUGUUUGGGAACAGUCGGGAUGCCACAUUCAAAUUCAGAACCUUUGCUUCGUUCCUGGUACAGAAAAUGAAAUGGUGGCCAUUUCCUGGGCUUCCCAAGGACCCUCCGUGCAGCUACCAUAUACGUGUAUAUCAUCUUAUUUUAUUGCCAUGUUUGCUCUGCCACAUGGCAGGCAGAGACUCAUUCUUCUUUCAUGGGAACUUAUUUCCAUUUUUGUGCAUAAAGAAUCUUAUAUGAGCAACUUAAUCAUCUUUUGGGGGAAUUCUGUCUCUAUAAUCCCUAAGAUAAAAGCUUCCAGGGUUUUGUUGUUGUUUUUUUGUAUAAUCACUUUAAACAUCUUUUUUAUUCUAUAUCAUUUGCCAAAAAGCCCUUGCUAAAUCUGUGUAUAUCUUUUGCACCUGGAUCUUCUUGGGGAGAUAUUGGGGAAAGUUCUGACUGUGUGGCCUAUUGCCCUUGGCUCUGGUUGGUGUUCUACUAAAAAGGCAAAUUAGGCCUGACAGGCCAAAUGCCUGCCUACCUCCCUAACAUUGCACCAUCUUUGUGGGUUGGUGCUUCUGAAAUGGACAGAGACUAGGUGUGUAACCCCACCGGGAGUCUGCCAUCUCACUCUCCUUUCCUUUUUUCUCCCUUCCCUCUGCGGAAAAAAAGACCUGAACAAAGCCUGUGGGAACGCCAUUGAUGCCCACGAAGCCGCGCAGAUGCACCAGAACUUCUCUCAGCAGCUUCUGCAGGACCACAUCGAGGCCUGUAGUCUCCCAGAGCACAACCUCAUCACGGUAUGUCAGACCCUCCGGACGUUGCUGGAUUCUGGCCCCCAGCCGCCGCCACUGUAGCUCAUGUUCAGGGGGCGAUAGGAGGCCAGCAGCAUCUGUUUCCCAGCCUGCCUUUAUAUAGGCAUCCUGAACUUCCAGAUUUGAGCUGGUUUAGGGUGCCCCUUUAAAUGUGUUGUGGGAGGGGGGAUUACAGUGGUACCUCGCAAGACGAAUGCCUCGCAAGACGGAAAACUCGCAAAACGAAAGGGUUUUUGGUUUUUUGAGUUGCUUCGCAAGACGAUUUUCCCUAUGGGCUUGCUUUGCAAGACGGAAACGUCUUUGCAAAAGUUUGUUUCCUUUUUCUUAAAACCGUUAAUACAGUUGCGACUUGACUUCGAGGAGCAACUCAUAGCACGCGGUGUGGUAGCCUUUUUUGAGGUUUUUAAAGACUUUGGUGAUUUUUGAAGCUUUUCCAAAACUUUUCCGACACCGUGCUUCGCAAGACGAAAAAAACUGCAAGACGAAAAAACUCGCGGAACGAAUUAAUUUCGUCUUGCGAGGCACCACUGUAUUGGUUUGAGGUUGGUCUUAUUUCUGCCAUGUCUUUCGUGGUUUUAAUAUUGUAAUUCUGUGUUGUGGACCACCCUGAGAUCUACGGGUCAAGGGUGGUAUAUAAAUUUUAAUGGUGACAAUUAUUAUAAUUAAUCCUCUGAAUGUCGUUCGCUGGGCAGAGUCGCCACCGUUGCUCUUCAGUCCCUGCUCGUGGGUUUCCCUUUGAGGCAUCUGGUUGGCCACUGUGAGAACAGGAUGCUGGACUAGAUGGGCUGCAGGGCAGUUCUUAUGGGUGGCUUCAAAAAUAUAUUAGAUCAAUUCAUGGAGGAGGACAAGGCUGUGUUCCCCCUCCACUGUUGGGAAGGCCGUCUGCCCUUGAAUACCAGUUGCUGGGGAUCACAGGUGGGGAGAGUUGCUGCUGUUGUGCUUAGGCUCUUCUUGUGGGUUUCCAAUUGUGGAAGGAGGCCUGCUGUGUUAAAAUUACUGUUUUAACAGGGAUGCGGGUUUAACCUGGGUGGGUGCUGUUUUAUUUGGAGGAUGGUGGUGCUUUAACUUUUUGUUAAAUGUUAUAGGUUAAUUUGGAUAUUUUUAUUUGUGAGCUGGAGUAUUGUUUAGGGGCUUUGGUUGGGGAGUGUAUUGUUUAUUAGUGUGUAUGCUGCAUAUGAUGCUUUUUGAAUAGCAAAGUGGCUAAUAAACUCUACUUAAAAGUAAACAGUCAAGCAUCCCCAUAAUACAGGCUGCUAAAUGGUACUGGUUUUGAGGGUAAUAUAACAUUUCCCACUUUGGUUGCUCACUGACCCUCAGCUUGUGUUUCUCCACCCCCACCUGCAGUGGACAGACGGACCCCCACCUGUACAGUUCCAGGCGCAGAACGGACCCACCACCAGUCUGGCCAGCCUGUUGUGAAAGGAGGGCGAUGUGCAGUCUUCACUCGGAGAAGAGGAGGCGACGGAGUUGGGGUUUUUCUUACGCUGAGCUUUUUUUAAACAGACAGUGGGCUGCAGAUUCCUUGCCUUGCAAGUGUUGCGUUAGGGAAGGAGACUUCACAGACUUGCAGGAUAGCAUGGCCACUCUCAGCUCCUUCUUAAGGUUUCUGUGUUUUGCCUGGAUUGCAGGUGUGUGUGUCUCCAUUGCACACACACACACAAACACACACACAAUUGUGAGAAGGGGUUUUGAUACAUCCGUUCCCUGACCCAGAAUUAGGUUUUACGCAAUUCACAUGGAAAAGUGUUCUUUCCAUUAAGCUGAUUCUUUUCAACAAAACUUUACAGACAAUUUUCUAAUGAAGGAUAAAAACUGGGUGUGGGGAAGCAGGGGAGGAAACCACCCAGCUAAUUUGAACCUGCCUGUUAUAAUGUCACAUCCUUGCAUUUUAACUGGCACACUCCCAAGGCUGUUACGUUUGUUUUUUUGAAGGAAAUCAAUUCGGUGGUCCGGUAGCCACCAGCCAACACGGACUGUGCAUUCCCUAACAGUUGACUCCUUUUGGCUUGGCAUAUAGUAGAAAGAACUGUGCAUAGAAGCAAAGUGAAAAUGGAGUGUGGGGCACUUCAGGGAACAUUUGUUCCAUGUUCUUGGAGACGGGAGGCUUGGGCAGUUCAUGCGGGAGAGCAGAUCGCAACUACUACUGAAUCUCCCGGGUUGGCUCCCCCCCCCCCCCAUGAUAAAUCUCUUUCCCUUUAAUUGCUUUUUCAUCUUUUUUCUUAAAAGCAAAACAGAACACCCAGAUCAGUGAUUUCCCACUGGGAAGGCAAACUCAUCAAACCUUGUCCUUUUCCUUUCCAUAGCUCCUGAGGUUCAUAGAUGCAGGCUGCCCCAGUUGCCGUACCUCCAGCUUACCAGAGCCAAGUGCCCCUUGCCCGCCCCCACCUUUUACCAAGGUGGCUCAGAAAGGACCCUGCUUCUCCCAGCCCUCUUGUCCUCAAUGGAGAAAGUGGGAGCAAGAAGGAAUGAAGGCUUGGCUUGGAUGUGCCUGCAUAGAUGGACACCAAGGGGCACCAGAGAAGUGCAGGAUGUGGUACUGUGGCCGGAGUUCAGUGCAUGUAGAAUCUCCUCUCUCUUUCUCAAAAAGGCAGAUUCCCAGCCCUCAGUGGACUUGAAAGUUUUCUGUGGGCAAUUAUGUUCCGAGAUCGUAGAAAUCAAGAGGCUUUCCUGUGUUGGGAUAAAAGUGUGCCCUUACCCUGCUCUGGCUAGCAAAAACAGGAAUAUUUUAUGCAAAGUACUAAAACUAGUUAUGCAUUGUGAUCAAUUUGCAUAAUUUAAUCGUGUUGCAGAAUCCUGCUUUUCUUGGUGCAGAACUUCUGUUUUUAGCACAGGGACACAGUCAUGCUUUUAGUGUGCGUGUGUGGGUUUUUGUUUUUAAAAAGGAAAUAUUUCCUUUCAGCCAGAUUAACUUGAGCAUUCAAUCAUGGAUUUUUCAAAUCAAGAAUACAGUCGUACCUCUGCUUACAUUUCCCUCCGGUUACGUAAACUUCGGGAUACGUAAGCGGCAAACCCGGAAGUAUAUUUCUGGGUUUUUGCCCCGCGUGCAUGCGCAGAAGCGCUCUACUGCUGUGCGCGUGUGCGCAGAAGCAGUCUCUCCAGUUUCAAAAACCUCGGGAUCCGGCCAGACCUCCAUAACGGAUCCCAUCCACAACCGGAGGUACCACUGUAUUCAUAAACUGAAAAAAUGACCUGUGUCCUCUAUCUAAUCAUGUUUUCUCGUGGGGCUGCUUCAUUCUGCUACUGAAACCUGUUGCAGACCCUCCAGGUUUUCUGGAGAUGGUUGAUGAUGUGCAAAAAAAAAGUCCCAGCAGGGAAGUUGCUUUCAGUGUCUGCAGAGGGUUUGGAAGUAAUGCCUCAAAGAAGCUGAGUGUGUUGGCUCAGUAGAGCGGAGUCUCUGCUUCUCUUACCCCUAGAAGAGAUCAUGAACUGAAGCUUCCCUUCAGCCUUGAGCUGUGUCUUUCUCAUCCUUGCAGUGACCCUCGGACCUGCUUUUUCUCUGACAGACUUGUCCUACACUUGGGAUAAAGAGCACCAGAGUUACCAAAUGUUCCAGGAAGGUGUUGAGACCAGUGAUAAUAGACCUGUUGCCUUUUGCGGGGGGGGGGGGAGUGUUUAGCUCCUCCUUUCCUCAGUUGCUUUUUCAGCUGAGAUCCAAGUCAAGCUGGAUCUGCAAACCUGACAUUUCUGCAAACCCUUUUGAAUGGAAUGGAUCUUUCAUUUGCUUGUUUGUCUGAGGGCAGCACAGAAGGAUGGCCUAUUCCCAGGAUUUUCAGGCAAAGGGGAGGCGAUGAUUAUGUUGAUUUUCCCAGACCAGGGACCAGAAGUGUAUACAGCCGCAGAGGCUGAACUCUUCACCCUCCCUCUGCCCCCACCUCCAAGACACCCUUUGGGCACCAUCUCUAGAGUUAACAAGAGGACAGGUUGUUCAAUAUUGGCAUUAGUAUUUUUAUUUUAUUUUUUAAAAAAGAGAGGAAAAAGUGAUAUUAGUGACAAAUUAAGCAUGUUUUGACAAAUGUGUUUGAGAGGCAUUAAGUGGUUCUUACAACUUGGAAAAAAGCACUAAGUUGAUCCUGAGAGAACUCUUCCACACUUUGGGUUAGAAACUCCCCACCCCUUUGGGGAAGCCCCGUGUUGAAAUCGCUUGGAGGGGUUGGCUCUAUCAGGCCGUGUGUUGAGUAUGUCUGCUGUAAUACCUGCGCCCCCCUCCCCAAAAGUUUCCCACCUGCCCACCCCAUCCCAGCAGACCCCUGUCUUACGACCAGGGGCCCCACCUUCCCAGAAAACCCUCAUUUGGGCCAGUUAGGUGGGCACCUUUGUAACUUUGCACAGUUAAAAGUGUGGCACCUGCUCCACUUGAUGUGAGAAAUUAUUUGCUUGGUCACUCUUAACAGUCCUCCUCUCUCCUGCUGAUGUCAGGCUCUCUGUGAAAGAGUUCUUUUUAUGUACUUAAAAAAAGAAAGUGCGCUUUAGUAAAUUUGUACAGUUUUGUCUUUUAGCCUUUUUCCAAAAAAGUGUUUAACCUUUUCCUAGCGAUAACGUGCAGACAUUAAAAAAAAUGUACAGUGGU